AACCUGUACGAGUCCAAAAGCAGGAAGGAAGAAGAUUGGGACUGACUACAAGAGCAGAAGGAGAUGAAGCUGAAGGAGGACCUGAACCCCCUGCUGCUGCUGCUCUUCCACCUCAUGGUGUGGAUCUACACCUUCAUCACCUUUCUGCCCCACUGUCUCGUCAGCUGGCUGUCGGUGCCUACUGGAGAGAUCUACGGGUCAGAGGAGGAACGAGCCAGAAGAGUGAAGGCCCACUCUGUGCUGGGACGUCCAGAGGGUCCUUACAGAGCCGUGAGCGCCGCCAAGGUGCUGGUGGCGUCUCUGCACCCGGGAGUGGACACCCUGGACAAGAUGUUUGAACACGCUGCCACGAGAUUCCCACACAGAGACUGUCUUGGGACAAGAGAGGUGAUCAGUGAGGAGGACGAGUAUCAGGACAACGGGAAGAUGUUUAAAAAGGUGAUUCUGGGUGAGUACACCUGGUGCUCUUACAAGGAGGUCCACACAGCGGCGUCCAGGCUGGGCAGUGGCUUGGCAUCGCUGGGCCUGCGACCCAAAAGCAAAAUUGCUGUUUUCUGUGAGACUCGAGCUGAGUGGCUGAUAGCUGCCCAGGCCUGCUUCAUGUACAACUUCCCAUUGGUGACUCUAUACUCCACACUGGGAGGUCCAGCCAUCGCUCUUGGGUUGAAUGAGACUCAGGUCACCCACAUCAUCACCAGCAGAGAGCUCCUGGAAACCAGACUCAAGGACAUCCUAAUGGAAGUUCCAAGUCUGCAGCAUAUCAUUGUAGUGGAUAACGCACCUACCACUGCGGCUGGCUAUCCACGCGGCAUCAUCAUCCAUAACAUGGCUGCAGUUCAGGAGCUGGGGGCCAGGCCUGAGAAUGCAGCAUGUGAGCGUGUGCAGCCGCUGCCGUCAGACAUCGCAGUUAUCAUGUACACCAGUGGAUCUAUGGGAGCACCGAAGGGCGUCAUGAUCUCCCACAGCAACCUGAUCGCUGGCAUCACAGGGAUGGCUGAGCGGGUGCCUAAUCUGGGUGUGGAGGACACCUACAUUGCCUACCUGCCUCUUGCUCAUGUGCUGGAGCUCAGUGCAGAGCUGGUAUCUGUUGCUCAUGGCUGUAGGAUCGGUUAUUCCUCACCUCAGACUCUCUCUGACCAGUCAACAAAGAUCAAGAAAGGAAGCAAAGGAGACACCAGCGUCCUGCAACCCACUCUGAUGGCAGCGGUCCCGGAGAUCAUGGAUCGCAUCUACAAGAUUGUGAUGACCAAAGUGGAGGAGAUGAAUUAUGUCCAGCGAACACUCUUCAUUCUGGCGUACAACUACAAGCUGGAGCAGCUCGCCAAAGGCAACAACACACCUCUGUGUGACAAGUUGGUGUUCAGGAAGGUUCGCUCUCUGCUGGGGGGCCGGACGCGGGUCUUGCUGUCAGGAGGAGCGCCGCUGUCUGCAGCCACACAGCGCUUCAUGAACGUGUGUUUGUGCUGCCCGGUGGGUCAAGGAUACGGACUGACAGAGACGUGUGGAGCAGGAACCGUCAGUGAACUGUGGGAUUACAGCACUGGGAGAGUGGGAGGACCUCUGGUUUGCUGUGAGAUUAAACUCAAAGACUGGGUGGAGGGUGACUACCGUAGCACAGACGAGCCACACCCUCGAGGCGAGGUUCUGAUCGGAGGACCAAAUGUAACGAUGGGAUACUACAAGAGUGAGGGUAAAAACCAAGAAGACUUCUUUGUGGAUGACAACGGGCAGCGGUGGUUCUGCACCGGAGACAUCGGAGAGUUUCACAAAGACGGCUGCCUCAAAAUCAUUGAUCGUAAAAAAGACUUGGUGAAGCUGCAGGCGGGAGAGUACGUCGCCCUGGGAAAGGUGGAGGCCAUGUUGAAGAACUGCCCCCUGGUGGACAACAUCUGUGCCUAUGCCAACAGCGAUGAGACGUACGUGAUUGGCUUCAUGGUGCCCAAUCAGAAGCAUUUCAUGUCUCUGGCCGACCAGUACGGCAUCAGAGGGUCACUGGAGGAGCUGUGCAUGAGCAAAGCCAUGGAGGAGCUGGUCCUCAAGGUCAUCACUGAGGCUGCCCUCGUAGCGCGGAUGGAGCGCUUUGAGAUUCCACGCAAGAUCCAUCUGAGUCCAGAACCUUGGACUCCUGAGACUGGAUUAGUGACCGAUGCAUUCAAGCUCAAACGCAAGGAGCUGAAAACACACUACCAGGACGACAUUGACCGGAUGUACGGUGGGAAGUGACGUCACGGCUGCGUCCCAAAGCACAGACUGACUCCUGAAUCCGAGGCUUCGUCCACAACACGAGGUUUUCAUUUGAAAAUAGCAUCUUCUUUACAUCGGUAUAAUAAGUAAUGCAUAUUAAAAACACACUCUUUACAUCGGUAUAAUAAGUAAUGCAUAUUAAAAACACACUUCACGUGACCUUUCAGGUACUCGGGUACUGAUUCUGUCUUUUUAGUUUUUGACUCGACUGUGUUUACAUGUUUAAAAAGUGUCUGCACAUCCAAACUCAAACACAUGCAUUCACUUUGGUUCAUUUCUAAAUAAAACACCAGAGAAAAUAAAUACAGUCAAAUAAAACACGUUUGUGGGUGAGAUACAAACCAGUAAAUAUCUCAAAAAUAAACAUUCUGUACAAACAUGAACACAAAUGAAAGCAGAGUGAUGUAGAUGGAGCCAGAAACACUAAACCUGUGGCUCAGUGUUCUUCAGAUGUCAGAGAAUGAAGGAGAAGAAGAUGCAGUUUCCUCCUUUUCUUUGCACUUACAGUAUUUGAUUAUGUUUCCACCAGAUGUUUGACCUCUGAGUUCAGAUCCUAUUGUCCCAGAUGUGAGUUAUGAAACGGAUCAUGUGCUGCUCGCUGAUGUGGUCGGUUGAACGCCUGCCAAAAGCUCCGGCUGCGUUUUUUGCUCACCUAUGACACACUAGACUGGUUAUGUAGGCUACACACACACACACACACACACACACACACACUGCACAUUUGGAUCAAGUUCUCUUCACCAGUGCUUUAUCAUCAUUAUUAUUGUUAUUAUUAUUAUUAUUAGAAAUCUACCUUUUUAAGAUCAGAAAGGUUAAAGUAAAGAGAAUUCAAUCAUAAGAAGGAACAAAGAUGCACAUAUUCCUUUUAGAUAAAAAAAGAAAAUGUCCCUUAAAAGGUUUUUAUUUCCAUUACCGCUGCACAUUCUAUCACAUGAAUUAGCUUUUAUCUGUCCAAAUGUCAUUUAGUUUAGGUUUUUGUCUCUUUCAUUUAUUUUUUAUUUUGACAGUAUUUUAGUUUACUGAAUUCUACUUGAACUGGUCCAGUUUGAUAAGGUACUUUUACUACAAAAGGUACAACAUUGUACUUGUACUUUGUUUCUUAUCUCUGUCCCAACACUGCUUUUGUGAAAGCAGCCUUUCCUGCAGGUUAGGAGACGGUUAACUCCUUUAUUUUAUGAACAUGUUUUGACUUGUGUCAGGAGGGAGUCACAGUCUGACUGCGGGUGGCAGACAAAAGAAUCCACUAACAUCACAACAUCUGGAUACCAACAGCAACAAAGUCAUUUAAGGUGAAUAACGAGGCCAAAUUGAUGAUAUUUUUUCCAUUUUUAACCACAAUGAUAAAAACAAUGACGAUGUUGACUGAAUAUUCCUACAAUGACACAGAUAAAAUAUACUUUUGUACAGUGUGCACACAUUAACUUUGGUUAAUGACGGACUCAAUUAUCGUUGAUAAAUCAUCAAGUAUCGUCAUUAACGGUAGGAUGUAAAUAAAACUUUCUCAGAGUUUGUUGAAAAAACAAAUAUGAUUAUGCUUUUACUUUGAAGGGCACCUUUGUGUGUGUUGCUAAUAUUUGGUGUGCAGGACUGUUGUUACCAGUUUAAAGUCUUCUAUAUGUUCCAUAUACUGUAUGUUAUGUCACAAUCUAACUGUACAUAAGAGUCUGUGGAGCUUUGAUCUGCAGGGACGUCUCCACGUGUUUUGUGUAACAAAUGUGCAUUCAGGUAUUUAUUUCAAAAUCCAGUAAAUAAAGAUUGUGCUUGGUCUA